AUGCUUCUUCCAGCACUAAAUAUUCCCAGAUGGCUCGAAGAAAACUCCCAUCUACUCCAACCACCUGUCAAUAACUACUGCGUCUACCACCCCUCAACACCAGCUACAGCCGGCUACACAGUGAUGAUAGUGGGCGGACCUAAUGCCCGAACCGACUUCCACAUCAACACAACCCCUGAGUUCUUCUACCAAUAUCAGGGAUCAAUGCUCCUCAAAACAGUCGACACCUCAACCACACCACCUAGUUUCCAAGACAUCCCCAUACACGAAGGCUCGAUCUUCCUGCUGCCCGCCAACACCCCACACUGCCCCGUGCGCUUCAAGGACACUGUUGGUGUUGUGAUGGAGCAACCGCGGGCCGAAGGUGCAGUUGAUGCUAUGAGAUGGUAUUGCAAGAGCUGCAAGGAGAUCGUCUGGGAGAAGAAGUUCGUAUGUGUUGACCUGGGGACACAGGUCAAGGCUGUGGUUGAGGAGUUUGCAGCAGACGAGGAAAAGCGCAAAUGUAAAGCUUGUGGAGAGAUUGCGGCAUCGAAGUAUCAGGAUGGGGAAAUUGCGCAGCCACCGACUCAUCCUGAAUAG